GUUCUGGGUCGAGAAAGAAAAUAAACAAGCACCCGGACGACAUGGGAUUGUUUUAGCAGCUCCGGGAGGCAGAAUCUCAACUCUCUCGGCUCGAAACCCCCGAGAGUUCCCCGGCAGCCGGGAGAGGGGGGCACGGCGGACGAAGUUGGCCCCCUGACUUUCUCCGGAAGAGUUUUCCGCUCCCUCGCCCCCCCCUCUGGCUGCUCUCCGUGCCCCCUAUGCGGCCGCGAGGGACGGGACGGAGCGGCGCCCACUGACUGCGCGAGGGACGGUCUCUGUCAGCCCGGGUCCGGCCGGGCGCGCGAUGGCGUUCGGCCGCGGUGUGCGCGCGCUGGCAGUGCUGCUCGUGCUGGCUGUGGAGAUUCCGGGGAGCUGCGCCACCAACCUGGAGCCCAUCUACUGGAACUCGCUCAACAGGAGGUUUCGGGAUGAGAAGGGGUACGUGCUGUACCCCCAGAUCGGAGACCGGCUGGACCUGAUCUGUCCGGCCUCAGAGCCGCCGGGGCCCCACUCCACGCCGGAGUACGAGUACUACAAGCUGUACCUGGUGUCGACCCGGGAGCAGGCCGAGCGCUGCGAGGUCGUAGGUCACCCCGUCCUUCUGCUGACCUGCGACCGGCCCAACAGGGACAUCCGCUUCACCAUCAAGUUCCAGGAGUACAGCCCCAACCUGUGGGGCAACGAGUUCAAGACCCAGCACGACUACUACAUUAUCGCCACCUCGAACGGGACACGGCAGGGCCUGGAGAACAUGAAGGGGGGCUCCUGCUUGACCCGGGGCAUGAAGGUGGUCCUCAAAGUGGGACAAAAUCCCCACAGCUCUGGGUCUAAGCCCUCUAAAACUGGUUUGGACCAGAACCCUGGCCGUCCUAACUGGGCCAACGGGCAGGACAGCCCCCCAGGUUCCUCCGGCAACACCACCCACGCAGGAGGCCGAGGAGCAGCGGGAGGGGCGGCGGGCAGGGGCGAGAACGGCCCCCUGUCCACCUCCAACAUCCCCAUCAUCGCCGGGGCGGGCGGGGGCUCGGCCUUCCUGCUGCUGGUGGCCGUGGUGAUCGCCGUGGUGUGCUACCGGCGCCGGCAGGCCAAGCACUCGGACACCCACCACCCGCCGCUGUCCCUCUCCACCCUCACCAGCCCCAAGCGGGGCGGCGGGGGCAACAACAACGGCUCGGAGCCCAGCGACAUCAUCAUCCCGCUGCGGACUUCCGACAGCGCCUUCUGCCCCCACUACGAGAAGGUCAGCGGGGACUACGGGCACCCCGUCUACAUCGUGCAGGAGAUGCCGCCCCAGAGCCCCGCCAAUAUUUAUUACAAAGUAUGAGGGCGGAGCCCCGCCCAUUGGCCCCGCCUCCCCACCUGUCCCCUCCCCUUUGUUAGGGGCGCCUUCGUCAGUCAGAGCGUCGACAGACCCUCCCCACCCCCCGCACCCCCAAGGUGGGGCUUUUUUUAAAACUCGCACAUAUAAGAAACGGGACAGUAGACCGCGGCCCUCCCUCUACGCCUUUCGAUUUGCUUUAAAACGUCUUGAUGUGAUCGACACUAUUGUAGAGUAUAAGAGUAUAUAUAUACAUGUCUGUUCCUCUUUUUUUGGCGGCCGAACCGUACACUGUGUUAAGGGCGGCUUCUCCUUUUAACAUCGGCGGCGGCGGUGGUGGUGUUGGGGAGGGUAGGGUGUUAUUACCCACCCCACUCUCUCACCAGUCUUUCCCACCUGUCAGUUUUUGGGGUAUUUGUGACAAAGCCGUCGCCUGGGGGGGGGGGGGUCGAUUCUCCCGCCUGUUGUUAUUUUUUGUUGUUGUUGCGUGUGGUGCUGCUGUAGAGGAAAGAAACGACCUGUGUGUGAAGGGAUGAGUGGAACCGCCCUUGCCCCGCCCACUCGGCGCCACGCCCACUGUAGCUCCGCCCCUCUCCCCGCCCCCGCCCCCGCCCCCUGGAAGGGCACUGCAUUGGCAGUCUGGCAGCUGGACAGAGAGACGCUGGGGGACAAGGCGCGGUGCCGCGUAGCCCAAGAGGGCGGGCGAGAUCAGGAAGGAACUGAAACAGGACGGAACAAGAGACAGAGCGGAGAAGACAGAGGAUGGACGGGUCCCCCCAGGUUUCUGAGCGGACAGCACGUGCCUUGUGGGAUUUAUCAAGGAGGUCCAGGAAACAGUACUCCCCGGGCCUUGCAGGGAAAGCAGGACACGGAGGAUUGCUGGGCGAUUGGAGGCGAGGGAUAAUCACUCCAAGACUUGAAAUGCCCCCAACUCCCGUAUAUAUCAGUCCUGGAAAACAAAAUCCUGGAUUCGAUCAGGAAUUGUGAGGAACUGAGGGGGGGGGAUAAUAUGUCUCUUUGUUUUUCCUUCUCUCUGGAACUUUUGAACAGGUAUUUGUGCAUCUUGACACUAACAUUUUUAUUCACAAACUCACUUUCACACUCGGCAUUCACAUACAUACACACUCUCACACAUACGUACACACACUGUCACACAUUCUUUUACACUUACGUACACACUCACGAUCUCUCACACACUCUUUCACACUUAUGCACACCCACACCAUCUUUCACACAUGCACAAACUUUUACAUUCAAGCACACACAUGCGCACUAUCUCUCACUCUUUUUUACAGUUAUGUACACACACAUGUAAACACUCUCUUUCACACUCGCCACUCACACAAUCUCUCAUACUCUCUUUCAUGCUUAUGCACACAAACCUUCACACUCACACAUGUACACACUGCGUCACACAUACACUCUCUUUCAUACUCUCAUGUACUUUCACUCGCACACAACUAAACACCCACCUCACUCACAUGUACACAUAUGUGCCAUUCAUACUUUCUCAAAAGCAUUCACACCUCACACACUGACACACUCGCCCAUUGCACACACUAAGUACCUGUACACUCAUACAUACAGACAAUCUCACUUUCACUCUGUUUCACACUCUCACACAAAUGCACAAUUCUGUGUCAAGUCAUCGCUUUCCACAACUUCUGAAUGCACAUCCCGGAGAACAACAGGAAGAUCCAGCCUGGAAACGGAUACGGAUUUCAAUCCGUUUCUCCUUUUCGGAUCUUUUGAUAUGAAUUCUGUUGUGUUCUUUUUGUUCCGGGCGUGCUUGUUUCUUUGUUUUCUUGUUUUUUUUUCUAUUUCAAAAUGAAAACCCAAAACACACGAGACACAGUUCAGUUUGGACAGAUUUAAAAGUCCCUGGUUCAGGAUGUACUUUGCUUGGUUGUGUCAUAUUUAGUUGUUGUUGUUUUUUAAAUAAAUAAACCAAUAAAAGGUGUAAACAA